UUUCUAUCCUAUGAAGAAAUGAUGGGAGCACUGCUCACUGCAGCAUCUUUAUGUGGAACAUGCAUGACUGCUAUUGUGGCCUUCAUUUUCUUCACAUACAGGAAAACUCCUAUUGUCAGGGCCAACAACUCUGAGCUGAGCUUCCUGCUGCUCUUCUCCUUGACUCUGUGCUUCCUGUGUUCUCUGACCUUCAUGGGUCGACCCUCUGAGUGGUCCUGCAUGCUGAGACACACAGCAUUCGGCAUCACCUUUGUCCUCUGUAUGUCUUGUGUUCUGGGGAAAACUGUGGUGGUGCUAAUGGCCUUCAGAACUUCACUUCCAGGCAGUAAUGUGAUGAAGUGGUUUGGACCAACACAGCAGAGACUCAGUGUUCUGAUCUUCACUCUCAUACAGGUUGUAAUAUGUGUCCUGUGGUUAAUGACUUCUCCUCCUUUUCCAUUUAAGAACUUGAAGGUAGUCAAAGACAGAAUCAUCUUAGAAUGUGCUCUGGGCUCAGCUGUAGGGUUCUGGGCUGUACUUGGCUACAUAGGUUUUCUGUCUCUCUUCUGUUUUGUUCUUGCUUUUCUGACUCGAAAACUGCCUGAUAACUUUAAUGAGGCCAAGUUCAUCACCUUUAGUAUGUUGAUAUUCUGUGCAGUGUGGCUCACUUUUAUUCCAGCUUAUGUCAGCUCUCCUGGAAAGUUCAGUGUUGCUGUGGAGAUAUUUGCUAUUCUGGCUUCUAGUUAUGGGUUGUUGAUAUGUAUAUUUUUUCCAAAAUGUUACAUUAUCCUACUGAAACCAGAGAAAAACACAAAAAAUAAUGUAAUAGGAAAGGUGGCACCAAUGAGUACCUAAAAGUGUAUAAAUAACGCAUAUACAUAUGCAUAUAUUGAUUAUCAGUGUAGUGUCACUGCAUUCUGUCUUUUGA